UCAUGUCAUCAUCAUCAUUAUUGUACAACUUAUACUAAGCGUGAUUGGCAUUUCAUAGUCUAACCAAAGGAAAUGGAAAAUUCCUCUCGUUUAUCCUCUGAACCGAAGAAAAAGUCAACCUUUGGACCUACAGGAUUAAUCAUCUAAUAUCUAGUUUAAAACAUCCUGUCCUGAUUAUUGUUACACAAAUUGGGUGUUUUUUUACUUUGGUGCACAGUAGAUAUAUAAGUAGUGUUCUGUCCUUUUUGUCGGAAUAACGAGGCACUGAACAGUCCGCUUACAUGAAACAAAGACGGUGAACUCACGGAAACAGUAUAUUCGAAAUGAGUGCAUUUUUCAAAGCCCCCAGAACGGUACUGGCAGUUAGCCGGCAUUAUCGUUACGUCGAUGCAGCUGUGCGGAACCGAUUUGUCAGCUAUCGAACGAAAAGGUCGGGAUUGUACCAGCUUAGUUAUAGUGCUCUUCCUGCAAGCAGCAGGAAUAUAACUGUAUUGAGUGUUUCACCAACCAAUACAACGUUACUAGAUGCAUUAGGUUAUAGCUUUAAUAAUGAAGGUGGUUUUCGAUGUAUUUCAACAAGUGUGGUGCACUUCGAUCAGCCCUCGUCCAAGGUGGAGGCUACAGUACAAACAAUCAAACAAUCUAAAAAAGAACAGGAGCAAACUAAUGAGGCUACUGUCGCUGCGUCCACUGUGGCGAGUUCUGGUAGCGAAACAGUGAGUGCUGCUGCUACUUCGUCGAGCCAAAACCAGGUUGUUCCUACGGCACCGGCGAAGAAAACGCUCAAACAGCGGAUAUGGGCUGAAAUGGUACAUUACUACCAUGGCUUUCGGUUAUUAUUCAUCGAUAUCAACAUUAGCCGGAAACUGCUCUGGCGGGUACUUAAUGGAAAAACUUUAACACGUCGCGAGCAUCGACUGCUGGUGCAAACAACGUCCGAUCUGUUUCGAUUACUCCCGUUUUCGGUGUUUAUAAUAGUGCCCUUCAUGGAAUUGUUACUUCCGCUUGCAAUCAAACUGUUUCCCGGAAUGCUCCCGUCGACAUUUCAGACAGCGACUGAACGAGAGGAUAAAAUCAAACAAAACCUGAAAGUGAAACUAGAAAUGGCCAAAUUUUUGCAGAAAACUUUGGAUGAUAUGGCUGUAACAAACAAGGAGCAUCGCUCACAGGCCGCAAAGGAUUUCAGCGAAUUUUUCGCCAAAGUUCGUGCCAGUGACAACUUCACCGUUACCAACGAGGACAUCAUUAAGUACUCCAAAUUGUUCGAGGAUGAGAUAACCUUAGAUUCUUUGUCUCGACCGCAGCUGCAGGCUCUUUGUCGUGUGCUGGAAAUGUCUCCGAUUGGCACCUCGAAUCUGCUUCGGUUUCAACUCCGACUGAAGUUGAGGAGUUUGGCUGCUGAUGAUAGAACAAUUCAAAAAGAAGGAAUCGAAUCGUUAAACUUAUCGGAGCUUCAAUCAGCCUGCCGUGCGCGUGGUAUGCGUGCCUAUGGUGCAACCGAAGAACGGCUUCAAUCACAGUUACGUGAAUGGAUCAAUUUGAGCCUUAACGAAAAAGUACCACCCUCGUUGCUUCUGCUUUCACGAGCUUUGAUGUUACCGGAGAAUGUAACGACUAGCGACAAACUGAAGGCGACUAUCUCCUCUCUCCCUGACUCUGUGGCAACCGUUACAAAGGCUGCAAUUGGUGAGCGUGAAGGCAAGAUCGACAAUAAAACCAAAAUCGAAGUCAUUAAGGAAGAGGAACGCAAAAUCAAAGAAGAAAGGGAAGAAGAAAAAGAGAAACAGAAGGAAAUUGCUGAAACAUUGGUGGACAAAGCACCGAUUAUCACCGAAGAGACGGUCAUACAUCUGGAUGAACCAAUAGUUCGUGCGAAAGUCGUUGCGGAACCACCACCAGCUACCGAGGAAAUCUCCAGCAAAGAUCUGGAAGCUAUUGGAGAUGCAUUGGGAACGUUGAGUAAGGACAAGAAAACGUUGUUGGUUGAGAAGGAAGAAAUUAAGGACUUGAAGGAAGAAAUCGCUGAUUACCAAGAAGAUGUUCAGGAGCUUCAAGAGGUCAUCACUGCUGCUCCAGGAGAAGUUAAGGUGAAAGAAUCACGGGCUGCCAAAAUGUUGUACAAGAAGGUUAACUCAAUGAUCAGUAAAAUGGACACGGUGUUAGCUGAUCUGGAGAAGAAAGAGCAGGAGUUAAAGGAGAAAGUUAGCGCCGCCGAGGAACAGAAAACCGAAAGCGAUCCGGCAGCACUGGCCAACGAGGAACUCGUUAGAAUCGAUGAAUUAAUGUCGGCAAUCAAAAAGAUUCAGCAAGUCCCAGACGACUCGCGGUUAGACCAGAUAUCCAAAAUUCUAGGAAAAAUCGACGAUGAUCACGACGGCCACAUCAAGGUGGAAGACGUCCUGAAGGUUAUUGAAACAAUCGGCAAGGAAAACGUUCAGUUGAAAACGAAACAGCUCGAUGAGUUGAUCGAUUUGUUAGACAAAGAAGAAGUCCUAGAAGCGGAGGAUAAAAUCGAGAAAGCUCUCACCAAAAGUCUUGAGGCCAAAGAGAAGCAAAAGGAGCAGAAGAGUAAGGAGAAUGAAAAGCUUCUGGAGGUGCAAGAUAAAGCGACGGACCUGUCGUUGGCUGACUCCGCUACCGUUAAUGUGGAUGAAUUGAAGAAGGGAUCAAAAGAUACGAAGCUGGCCGAACCAAUACUUGAUAGCAAUAUCAUGCAGAAAGCUGCCGAGAGGAAAAAAGAGCAAAUGAUGGCAAAUACUAGCCCGCCGGGUGACGCAGACUCGAACACGUCAGUAAAUGCAGUAAAUAUUCCACCAACAAUUGUUCCACCACCAUCCCCAGCAUCAAAUUCGGCGCAAAAUAAACGAGUGUGACACCGUCAUCAAAGAAAUAAAGAUAAUAAUCCAACACAGCCCUAAAAACCCUGAACAAGUUACUGAAAUAGUGAAACGUAGAUGAGAUGUAUACACGCAUGCUCUCCAUGUUGCCUAUAAAUACAUCGUACUAUAUUUUACUGAUAAAAAUAGUUCCAGUUAUAGCAAGGAGGGCUUGUUAGUACUGUAACCAGCAUCCAAAUAUGUGAUUGUACAGCUAUUUAUGUUUGCGAACAACCCUAAGAAAUACAUGUGAGGCGCAGAUAACCCGUUAGGAGUAGUUACAAUAAUUACUUACUUUAUAACUUUCAUUACAGCUUGCGAUAGUUGCAGGUAUCACUUGUAGCAUGUCUUUGAAAGGUUGACAAUAUCUUUACCUUUUAAAAAAAGAAAAUAAAGCUUAGAGCCGAGAUUUGAAA